GCGAGCACGAGCGCGGCAAGGCCUGCACUGCACACUGCAAAUGAGUCCAGGUUCCUACAGUAGCGAGGCCCUUGUGCGUCCGUGCGAACGCUCACGCGACCCGCUGGAAUUAUCAAGACGGGGAACUUAGAGAGUCAUCGCCGUGGGGACGGACCUAACAUGGACUGGCGGAUACCGUACGCCGCGCUCCGCGAGGCUUUUCCGCAGGUUGAGUCGGACGUUUUGAAAUGCGCAGUAUCGAAGUAUGGCAACAAUGUUCAUCAGGCAGCAGAGUACAUUCUUAAUGAUGUGGCGCCGCCGGACCUGUCCUUGUCAGCGCUCCGGGAGGCGUCUUCCUCGAGGAAUGCGAAUGCUCGCGCAAGGUCUCGACCGUCAAGGUCGGGUGCAAACAGCUAUAGCAGUGGUAGCGACAGCGACGGAGCGCGCGCAAGUGGAGGGAGCGACAGGGGCGCUGGAAAAGGGCGCAGAACUGGCACAGCGCCAGCGAAUGCUGCAGCGAGCGGGGGGGUAAACGUGAAUGGCUCGCGUGGAAGUGAUAAAAGCAGCCGCCGCCAGUCCAGCACUGGAAAUCAAUUGCCUGAGUCGGCCGUUGCCACUGUCCUUGCUGCAGCAGCUGCUGGCAACAGACAGAAGCGAACGGAUGAUGAAGUAAAUCUUGCAGCUUCUGUCAUUGGGAACGAUAUGCAGAUCAGCAGCGAGAUCGAUUCUGUUGUGGGUGGCGUGGUGGAUGGCAUUGGAUCGUCCAGCAAUGAAGAUGAGUCUGUCAGUGAGAAAUCCCUUGAAGAGGCAGGGGCUGAAGAGCAAGACUUGGACGAGACUUACGAUGGGUAUUUUGCGAGCAUCGAUAUUGAUCCUAACUACUUUGUCGGGUUGCAUAACAUCUUGGCUCAUGCAGUGAUGGCUGCAGCAGCCGCAGCGGCUGCUGCCACUGCAGCUGCCGCUGCGGCUGCUGUGGCUGUUGCUUCGUCUGCCUCUGGUGAGGACCAGUCCUCAUCGUCGGCAGUGGAUGUCUGUGAGGAGGAGACACAGAGGGAAGAGGAAGUCUGUGAUAACCAGCCCGAGGAUUUCUGUGACGAGAUUGUAGUCGGUUGUGAUGCAGGACAUGAGAAGGGCAGCGAUAAUCGAUCGAAGGAUGCCUCUGCCAAACGGGGAACCUCUGGCGCCCAGUCUGGACCAGUCAUCAUUGACGCGUCUCAGCCCAAGGCAGCGUCUGAGAUUGAUGGGCAAAGUCAGUCUGCCUCGGCGUCUGAUGGAGAUGCACCGAUAUCGACGCAAGGGCUGGCAACGGGCCGCACUACUGCCUCCAGCAGCAAUGCGGCUCCUCUUGUUUUGCCCCCAUCCAAAGAGACAGAAAUUGAGGAGCUGCCUGACAGUUCCGAGGAAACAUCGGAACGCGGCGACAAAACUGCAGAGGAUGGAAAGCUGUCUGAGUCUGCUGCGAACACAGGUUCGGACCGCUACAAGGCCCUGCUCAACGGCGAAACAGAUGGUCUGGUUGCUUCUUGUAUUAGAUUUGCACAAACAUUCGCUGAAGCAAAGGGAGAAGGAUCUGGGCAAAAUGACGAAGACAAGUCGAGCUCUGAUCAGACGGAGAAUGGCGAUUGCUCAUCCGAUUCAGACAAGUUACGAAGACCUUUGCGCCCGAUUACCUCCCAUGGAAGGGUGGAUGGUGGGUUAGUGCACGAGAGUGAUGAUGGAGGCAGUGUGAGUCUGGAAGCCGAGUCACGGUUGGCAGGAAAUCACACCAGUAUGCUCUCGACAGAAAGGGAGGUGGAUGACGGAUCUGCAAAUGCCAGCAGUAAGGCCCAGGGCACUGCAUUGGAUGUCGAUGUGAAGGACGACUCCAUGGAAUCAUCGUCAUCAGCAGUGGAGAACGGAGGGGUCAAGUCUGGCGCAGACGGAGGAGAAGAUGCAACAUGCACGGAUUUGCCGAGUUCGGAGGGAGAAGCUGAGUCACAAAAAGCAUCGCAAGAAAAGGAACAAGGCAUCAAGUCAGCGCCUGAAGAGGCAAUUGAGUCUCAUGAAGGCAAUGACACAGGUGGGGUGCAGAAGAGCAACAAAGGCGAUGGUGAGCCUGUAUUGGUUGUACAGAUGGAAGGCCAGAGCCGUCCGUCUGAACCUGGUGAGGAUGACCACUCCUCCCCUCCACUUCAGGGGGCUCAGGAGGAGGAGGAGGAGGAGCAGGAAGAAACCUCCACUGCCGGUGGAAGCAGUGGAGCUGGAGCAGAAACAGAAGGGAAGGAUGCUCUCCGGUCACGCCUAGUGGAGGGUGACCGUGAAUGGGAGGGUGGAAAAGCCGAAGGAUCUUCUGCUAUAUCAGAGAGCCAGCUGGUGCCAGUCAAUAAUGGCGUACAAGGUGCGCUUGUAACGGUCAUUGGGAUUCAGGAUCUGGGUGCAUCCAGCCCAGAGGCCGACUGGCCUGAAGUAAAUGAGGAAACGAUUGCAUCAUUGGAAGAACUGGUUUCUGAGGCCCUCUCCUGGAAGGAUCUUUUGAGGCAGAAAAUUGCGGAAGUUCGAGCACUGCAUGCAGAGGCAGAGGCAACAGAGGCUGCUGCCGUGAAUGCACGAACAGAAGCCCAAAAGGGUGGUUUGACAGAGUGGUUGCAGGUGGUGCAGCUGAGGGAAAAGGUGGAUCGAUCGAAAGAAGCGUACGAACAGCGCGCGGGAGAUGUCCACGGAGAAAAAGCGGUGCUUGGAACGGAGGCACGCGAAUUGCGAUCACGACUUAUACAUGUGGCUUCGGAAAAGGCUUUAGCGAUGGAGAGGUUGAAGGAGUUGAGGGAGUUCCUUAUCUCUCAAGGGAAGAACGUCGAUGCUUUGCAGGGCGAGGUUGCAGUUCUCCUUGAGGAUGUGGACACUUUCAAGAGUCGCUUAGAGACCGAAGGUGGGGGAAGCAGUUAUGGUCGUGUUGCUGAUGCCAUGAGUACUCCUCAGGGUACCACCCUGCAGUCGUAUCCAUUGAUGUCUUCGUUAAGUGCUUCUGGGUCAAGAACAUCGUACAUGCCAUCUUCCAGCAGCUUCUUGAUGAAUGUGCGGGAAGGAUGUACGUCGAGCAGUCUGGGGCUGUGUGAGAGGGCGGGGGACCCGUCCUCCGGACUUUGUCGAAUGGGACCAGGGAACCUAUCGGGCUCCGGUUUUUCGAAUGGCUUUGGCUCCCAGCUAUGUCAGAGUUUUGCCACCGACUCCCGCUUCCAAUGGAGCCCCCAAGGGAGGGAUGUUGUGCUCGGGAGCACGCCAUUUCCGUCAGCAUCUUUGAACGGCAGUUGUUACAGUGGAGGGGCGGACCCUCGUAAACACCCGCAGAAUCCCGUCGGAGAAGUGGAUAGUGCGGUCGAUGUGCGCACAAUGCAAUUUGCACUACACGAGUCCACGGGCGUUGCUAGACUGCACGAGAGCGGAACGAGGGCCACGCAGAGCAUUCUUGACAUGCAAGUGGGAAGCGGCAAUUCGUCGUGGACGCCUGGGAGACCAGUCCACGUGCCGAACGUACUGGACAUGUGCUCCGCAGAGGACGAGCACAAGUCCGUCGAGGCAUUCUUCGAAGGUGAGGCGGCAGAACAGAUUGAGUACGAGAUGCGUCUUGCCCUGUCUCGGAACGAGGCAACAAGGGUUGUUGCAGAGAGUCGCGGUCUCAGUGCGGAGGAUCAGACUGUCGUCAAACGAACUCUGUGCGGAGUCCCAGAAUGGGGGGAAGAGGUUGUUGCGGCGAACGGGGCAGGGACGAAAAGUGGCUUGGAUGACGACGGAUGGCAGCUCCUCGAAAUGGGCGGCGCGGUCGUGAGCAAGGGGAAAGCGGAUGGGUUGAGUGAGAAUGGUGGUGAUGCUCAGCUUCCGAAUGGCACGGGUCCGCCGCAGAAGACAGGCAUGGUGUCGAUGGAUCGGACAAUCGUUCGCCAGCCUGCUGCGGAUGCUGCGGUUCUGCUAUAGCAAGUUGGGAGUACACACGUAUGACGGCACGUGCUCCGCACCUCUGCCUUCUCGUCGAAGAUAGAAGCUCAUAUGUUUUCUGCAUUUGUGAGCACUUUGUUGUUCCCAGCGGCGCACCCGUGUCCCCGGUACAAAGAGUGCUCAGCGAAGACUGCAGAAGCAAGGACGACGGUUAGUGAAAGAGUCGUCUGUCUAUUGUCGGCUUUCAGUUGUUUAUUCCCUUUUUUGAAGUUUUUCGCAUACUUUUUGGGAGAAGAUGUAGCAUUGUACACACCCUUAGGAUAGGAUUACCAUAGUUAAUAGGAACUAAGUUGAACCAACUCCGAUGCUUGAGAGAGAGAGAGAGAGAGAGAGAGAGAGAGAGAGAGAGAGAGAGAGAGAGAGAGAGAGAGAGAGAGAGAGAGAACUUAGGUGUGGGGUAGAGUUAAAAAGUUGUGAAACCCCUACCAUAAAAAUUUUCGGAAUUCAAAUUUGUCAAUAUGAUGGUGUUGCAAAUGUGAUAUGGUAGCGAACGGUGACUAUAGCGUCUAUAGUGUUCCAAACAGAUUUGAGCGUGCUCGUAUAGCUGUAGGGUCCUUUUAACUUUUUUAACUUCAAAGUUUUAAGUCCUUUCCCUCCACUUUCACAACACAGACAUAGAGGGGGAGUUGGAUGGACCGAUGCGCCCACCAUCCAUCACUCUUGAAAAAACUUUACUUUGUGUGUCUGUCUCAUCAUUCUCUCAUGUGAUGUGCUUGUUGUCCUUUGUGUUGUUCAUCAUCCGUCGACCCGGGAAAAAGUGAGGGGCGGAAAAAAUAAAAAAAUGGAGACGAUGAUUAUGAAGUCCUACGGUUUAACAGCUGCAUCGACGAACGGUGGGGGAAAAGAAAACAAGCGGGAAUCGGGCAUUCGGGCUUGACAAGGGGAACAGAAAAGGAUUCUGCGUAGACUGGUUUUCUUAGGCUGCUGUGUCUGUUGAUGAAGUGUAUCGACGCUUGAGUGAGUGGACGUCCAGUUUUAUGCAUGCAUUUUCUGCUCCGGGCUUUCGGCUUUUUUUUUUUCUUUUUUUUUUUCCGACUGUCCAAGUUGAGAAAUGAAUGUGGUCAAGGACUGGGUGGCUCCAGGGUAGAGGAGGCUCUCUGCGCACCCGCGGAGCAGUCGUUUGAAAUUUGAACUCAUUUCACAAUUUGUGCGGCGGAGACGUUCGAUAGAAAUCCGUAGCGUAGGGGAGUCUUUGUUGGAUAUAGUAGUGUGCAGCUGGAGAGGCGUUUUUUGCUGUUGGCGUUUUUUUUUUUUUUUUUUUUUUUCUCUCUGGCUGUUCGGUUUUUGGCUUUUGACAUGUAGAAGAAUGUCGGAGAGGGGCAGGGGCAGGAAAAGAAAAGUCUCUCUCUCUGUCUAUAAGUCAAGGGACAUGGACAGACAUUUCCAGAAAUGGGAAUGGUGACCGAUUGGUUUUUAACUUUUUAGGGGUACUAUUUUCCUACGAGGCAACGAUGUUUUUUUUCUGUUUUUUUUUUUUUUGGGGGNUUUUAAAGAGAGAAAUAUUAAUGCUCUUCAAAACAAUAAUUUUUUUAUCAAAAAUAACCGCAGUUAGAUGUGUAUAAGAGACAGGGGGGGGGGAGAAGCUAUAACAAUGUUGAAGAGAGGUAGCGAGGGUCUAAAAGAGGAGGACAGAAAGGGGUCUUCACGUACCUUCGUUGUGCAGCUAAUUAAUGCUCUCGAUUACCUGUUAAACAUAACAAGGUGUAGCGCAGUCUGUUUUUGGUGCAGUGCGUUCUGUGUUUGAGAUGCAGAUGGACGGACGUCAGUCGUCAUAAAGGCUCAAGGUUCAAAUCUCUGUUUCAUCAGUCCAGGAGCAGAAAAAACUUUCAGAAAAAGACGAAAGUGAACAAACGGUGACCAGGCGC